UUCUGUUUGAAUUUAUUAUUUCAAAUUAGUCCCUUAAUACAUUAUAGGCAUUAAAUUGAUUCAGAAUGAAAUUAAUAAUUUUUACGAGUUUUAUUAUUUGCACACUCACUGUACGAUUCGGUGUUUCUCAAUAUAAUUCUAAUAAUAAUGGAUACAACAUAACAGAUUUGGAAAGUGAUAUAAAAUUAAUGAAAAAUUCUUUAUUUAAAUAUAAAGAAAAAGAAAGGAAACAAUUAAAGAUUAUAACCAAAAUCGAAAAUAAUAAUAUUUUUAAAUUCUUUAGAGACCGAAUAGAAGGAUAUUUAGAGAAAAGUAAUGAAAGUAAAAGAAAAAAGAACGAUAGUUCAACAGACUUGUGUUUGACAGCAUUUACUAGAUCAUGGACUGGAGACGUUCGAAGAGAAAUGAAAGAAAUGAAAACUUGUGCUGAUAAAGCUAUAAAUUUGACGUUUCAUAUUCCUCUUGAAGAUAUUAAUUAUAUACAAUCAGUUAUGGGUGGAAAUUACUCAUUAAAUAUUGAAGCAGUUUCAAAAGAUUGUGAACAUUGGACUGUAGGAAGAUCAAAUGGAAUAACAAUGGAAGACUGUUACGCAAUAAAAUCGCCUUUAUUUCAAAUGAUGUCAACUAGUUUUUUAAAUUUAAUUAAUAAUUUAAAACAAUUAGUUACGAAUUGUACACUGACAACGUUUAAGGAAAUACAAAAUUGUGCAUCUGUAACAAGAAAUCAAUUAGAAAAUCAUUGGAGCCAUAUUCAUUUGGAAUUGGAUGACUGUUUAUUAUAGAUGACCUGUUUAAAUAAAUAAAUACGCAUGUAAUUUCUAUUAAUAUUAAUAAAAUUAGUAUAUUAUUCUCA